CCACGCAUGCGCACUGACUCUAUUAAACCAUCGCAGACUUUUCAAACGUGCAGUUUUGCAUUCACGCUUGUGUACAUUGAUCAUCUGAGUGCACUAGAAAUGUCAACAGAAUCAGCGACAGCGACGAAAGUUCAGAAGCUUUCUACGCCGGAAGGUGAGGCGAAUGGAGCUGAUAGCGGCGAUUUAGAUGCAGAAUCACAGAUGCAAAAGACACUGGAAGACAUCGACUCGUGUCAGAAUGAAAUUGAUGCGCUAAAUGAAAAAGCAAGCGAGGAAAUUUUGCAGGUGGAACAAAAGUACAACAAAUUAAGAAAACCACACUUUGAUCGACGAAAUGGAUUAAUUGAGAAAAUCCCAAAUUUCUGGGUGACUGCUUUUGUGAAUCACCCACAAAUCUCAGCCGUCCUUGAUCAGGAGGAGGAAGAAUGCCUACACUAUCUGAAAAUGGUUGAAGUAGAAGAGUUUGAGGACAUCAAAUCUGGGUACAAGAUCAAGUUCAGUUUCUCACAGAAUCCAUACUUUACAAAUGAUGUGCUGUGCAAAGAAUUUCAUCUGGCGACUUCAGGUGAUCCUGCAUCCAAAUCCACAAAUAUCGAGUGGAAGGAAGGGAUGGAUUUGACGAAGAAACUCCAGCAGGCCGAACAGAAUGGUCGCAAGAGGAAGCUGGGCAUGGCAAGAAACUUCUUCUCCUGGUUCCUUGACAACACCGACCCCUCAGCGGAUGACAUUGCAGAGGUGAUUAAAGAUGACAUGUGGCCAAACCCCCUCCAGUAUUACUUGGCACCAGACAUAGAGGUUGAAGAAAAUGGCAUCAGUGAUGAUGAAGAUCCUGACGAGUCUGUGUAUGUUGUUGAUGAUGAAGAUGAUGAUGAUGAAGAUGAUGAAGUGUAUUCAGUAGAAGAUGGUGACAUUGAAGAAGGCGACACAUUAGAUGAUUCAGCUGAUGUUGAAGUGAUAGAUGCUGAGGACGAUGAUGAGAACGUGAAUGACGACGAGGUGGAGGCAGGGGAGGAAGGGGAGUGAUGUCACAGCCAUCUGCAACCACAUGUACAUACUGUGUAGAUCACUUUCAAGUGUAUAGAGAAGUGAGGGAAGACUACUGGAGAAGAUCACACGAAAAUGGCGUUUUUUGGAGUGCAAUAUUACUUGCAGCGAGACAUAAUGUCAGAUUAGCCUAAGUUGCUACCCAACCAGGGAUGCAAUAUGCCACUACGCGCUAGCCCAAAUCAGUUUGUCAAAUGCUUUUCAGGGGGGUCUUAAGUUAUCACUUUACCGGCUAUUUGUGUUUCAAGCUAAGCUGCAUCCCUGCCUACUCAAGUGCCUACUCAAGACCUACUAGGAAUAAGUAAUAGACAAAUACGGGCUCAUAUCCUUAUCUGGUUCCUUAUGGCUAUAAUCAAUAUGAAACUGAACCAUUAUCUAUAGCGUUGGGCUCUGUUCUAUAAUGUGAUCUAUCACUAGGUCUUUCUCAACACUUCAUUGAAAUCAAGUGUUGAGACAUCCUUAGAGCUAACAUCACUGUGUUGAACAGGAUACACAUUUUUUAUCAAAUGUUUCGUGUAUCUUAAUUGUAAUUUACUGGAGAUUCUUCCUUUUUUUACGGUUUUCCUUUUUGUUGUAUAACAGUUUGGUUGUGUAACAGUGGAUAUCAGAUAUUGUAUAUCAAUGGCUGGUCAUGUGGAGUGUCAGUUAUGUAUUUUGCCAUAGCUGCUCCCAGAUACCCAAAGGCAGCCAUGGCUGAGUUCAUGAUUUGUCAUGAGGUGAUUUUUAGUCUUAAUUUUAUUUCAGAUCAGUAAGAAAUUGUCUGACAUGGUUAAACGAUAAGGGUAUUGAUUUACCUUAGCCUAUAGAUGACAGCCAAAGACUAUUUCCUCCUGUGUGAGGUACUUAAGCAAUGACUUGCUUUCGCCAGCGUGUGCAGUAUUAUCUUCAGAAAUUGUUUACUUAAAGGGAGUUUAAAAAUUUAUUUAGGAUUAUUUCAAUGUCAGCAAAAGAGGACUUGAAUAUAUGACUGUUUAAUGGUUGAACAUAUAUUAAUUCAUUCCACCAAAAUAUUAUUUUUUCUCAAAUCUCCAAUUCUCUGUAUGAAGGCUUGUGUCAAAGUCUUCAACAUUUCUGAUAGGUCGUUUAAUGGGGCUUUUUGUGUCUGGCUUUCUGGUGUUGACGUUGUAAAAUCAAAAUCAGUUAUAUGUUCUACAUGUUGCAUUUUCAAGAAGGACUUGGUCAGCUUGCAGUAGUCUUCUCUCCAGUUACGCCAUGUAACCAUGGUAACAUUGUGUGAGCAUUUAUAUCACGACAUGUCAUCCUUGUGGGUCAUUACAUCUUGUCAUAACAAUUGUUAUUUUUGUAUCAUGUUCUUCGGUUCAUGUAACAUGCAUGGCAUGUUACAUAGUUGUAUAUUUCAUGUACAGUUACCUGGUGAUAUAUAUUUGCCAUCAUGAGGAAGAUCACUGUGAAUAAGUGCUUACACAUCAUUGAAUCAUAAGAUAAGGGUGUUCAGUUCUCACCUGGCUAAGGCGAAGCAGGGAAAAGUAACAUUUGCUUUGGGGUUUUCUUUAGCUCGUCUUAGGAUUUUAUGAUGCAUCAAUUCAAUUUGAUAGUGCUAUAAGUCAGCUGUUUUACUUUCAAGACUGUUACGAUGUUUCAGGUGAAACAAUUUUAUACCGUGGAUGGAGUUGAAGUUGCGGACUUUUGAGGUGGUGUAACCAUACAGUAUUGUAUUGCGAUACGAGCCCUACGUUACAAAACAUCGAUUUACAACCACUGUAUCGUGGUACGUACGAUACAUUUCAUUACAAGUUAUAUUUGUGUUAAUCAUCGGAAGAGUAACAGAUACUGUUCAUAUCCAGCUUUCACAGAUUCUCUAUUAGGUUUUGGUUUGACAUAAAUAGCAUAACAUUCACAGUGCCCUCUAACCUAUAUGUUUCUGCCCUACAAUAUCCCAUCUUUAAUCUCUCAAAUUUAAUAACAAAUUAUUCAGGGUUGUGAUUCCCCUGCAAAAUGAAGAAUGUCAACUUGUGAAAUAAAAGAACUGUAUUGGGAUACGUAUCAUAUCGCUCCCACAGUAUGGGAUAUGUAUCCUAUUGCUACCCCGCCGUAUCGUUACACCUCGGGAAAUUUGAAGGAAUUUCGUAAUGGCAAGCAUAAAUGAUGGCAAAUAAAUAUCACCAGUUUUAACCUCCUUAUAUUGACGUUGUCACUAGAUCUGUCCGUGGUUAGUGCUUCUGUUGAGUCGAGUUUUGCUGUCAACAAGAUUUCUUACAUUUUCUCUACACCAGUUUGUUUUUGUUUGACUAUUAUGAGGCAGUUUCAAUAUUUCUUGCUCGAUUUGCUUACAUAGCUCCACACACUAGGGUUUACUUGUACCAGUCUUUGCAAGCUUCCGAUGUAUGCAUCGUAAUUACAUCAGAAUAUUACCGGCCAUGUGGUACUGCAAAGGUGUGGGUUCAAGUGGCUCUGGUCUGCAUUUACCAUAAUUGAUGUAUAAAACUAACAUGGGUGUUUAAACCAAUGUGUCCGAAAUAAAAGAUUAUUUCAUAAGUACUUCGUGGUAUGUACUUGUUUUAUGAAAGCGGAUCUUCCUUGUUGUCAUCUCCUGUCAUUCCUAGCCGUCGAGGAAAACAUUUUUGUUUGCUUUUCUAAAAUACGUGCCAGUGGUAGGUCUGCUUACUCAUAACAAUAUGGCCUGGAUCUGACACACGUGUAUUUUUUGUGGGGCUCUUAAAACCAAAUUUACACCUUAUUGUUUAACAAGGCAGUGAAACAGUAACAGUAACUAUCUCAAGCUAUUCCCAAGUAUUUUUGUGAUAAUGUGAACAAUAUCAUAAUUUAAAGGUAGGACUAUUGGGGCAGUUUUCAAUUGCGAUUGUUUGAUUUAUCAUAUACCACAGGGGGUGUAAUAACCCUACCAGUAUUACACCCUUUGCCGGGCUGAUAUGUAUUGUCAAUGCAAUUUGUAUGGACGAUCGAUAUCAGCCCGGUUGGUAAGAAAUUAAAGUUACGUCCCUUAUAGUGUUGCCUGCUCAGCUACCUUUCCCAUGACAAUGACUUCCAAACAAGGUGAAAAUGUUUUUCAUUCACUUGCAAAUAGAUACAUUUUAUGGUGUUAUGUUAUUGUAUCUGAUAAAAAGAUUAAUACGUGACAGUUUUCAUAUGAUACCCCAUAUCAACCCUCAGUCCCAUAUCAACCCUCUGGCCUUGGUCUUCGGGCUGGUAUUGGGGUCUAGGGUUGAUAUGGGGUAAGAUAUGAAAACUGUUAUAUAAGAACUUCGAAAUAUUGUGACACACCUAUUUACAGCGUGUAGGCAAGAUCACAAUCUAAGGCCCAAAAGAUCCGGGGUAGAAUAGGUCUUCAGCAACCUAUGCUUGCCGUAAAAGGUGACUAUGCUUGUCGGAAGAGGCGACUAACGGGCUCAGGUGGUCAGACUCGUUGACUUGGUUGAUGAUGCAUGUCAGUGUAUCCCAGUUCUGUGAAUCGAUGCUCAUGAUGUCAAUCACUGGAUUGUCUUGUCCAGACUUGAUUAUUUACAGACUGCCGUCGUAUAGCUUGAAUAUUGCUGAGUGCGACGUCAAACAACCAAUAAUCAAACAAGGCCCAAGAAGGGGAAUUUGGCCAAUACCCCAAAACAAGGUUCUUAGAAAAUAUUUUGCAGGGUGACACGUCUACAGCAUGUAAGAAUAGAAACUAUUUUCUUACAUAUUAACUAUAUGUAAUUUUGAGUUCUGAAUUUAGUAUAUGACAUUAAAAAUACAUCAAUUAUGGUAAGUGUUUAUGAAUCAUGCAGCUGUGGUAGUUUUUGCAAUGGGUUUGUUUCCUAGUAUGAUCAAGUCAUUAUCAUGCAUCAUUCAAACCUGUAUAUAGUGAACACCUCUGUAGCUCUGUCAUGGUGUGGUCUAGGAGACCGUAAUAACUGACAAGUACAUUUUGGUAUCUUGAUCCGUCCUCAGUCAUCAAGACCCAUUGCUGGCUUCUGAAAUAUACCGUGUGGAUACAGAAAGAUGACAUUUUUUCCCUGGAUUAUGGUGAAAUCAUAAGUCAGUUGAUUAUGGUCUUGUAAGACACACAUCAUUACAAAGUACAUCCAUUGUUUUUGAAAGAUAAUCAUGACAGGUGAAAUUCAAUAUUGUGAAAAUCCUUAUUGUAUACAUCAUUUCUUGAAUUUCUGUUAUUACAUACAUAUUAAAGCAUUACAUGUGAAAGACUACUAUUUGUACACAGUUACCCAUGAAUUAAGCCAUGUAGAUCAUUCAUUAAUGGGCAUGUGUGUAGCCCCUACAGUUGACUUGGAAGGGUUGUGUCCCUUCUUUGUGCUAGGAUCUGUUUGUCAAUGGAUUGAAUCCCAGAUUCACCCCGAACUUGACUCUUCGUGUCAGUCAGCAAUCCCAUGCUCAUGGAUUUCCCCACAGUUCUGAUAUCCAUGACCUGCAUGUCUCUGGUAUGUCUACCCCAUUAAAGGGGCGGUUGGGUAGCCUAGUGGUUAAAGCGUUCGCUCGAAACGCCGAAGACCUCGGUUCGAUUCCCGACAUGGGUACAAUGUGUGAAGCCUUUUUCUGGUGUCCCCCGCCAUGAUAAUGCUGGAAUAUUGCUAAAAGCGGCAUAAAACCAUACUCACUAACUCACUACCCUGUUAAACAGACACACUGUCAUACAACUGAAAUACUGUUCAAACUGGCGUUAACAACAAACUCCCUCUCAUAGUCAUUGCCUUUUCUAACAUAUUUGAAUCAAGGGCAAAAGAAAGGGAUAUGAUGAUACCCAGGGUUGUUUUGUUGUUUGUGGUUUAAUGCAGCACUCGGCAAUAUUCCAGCUAAAUGCGACUGUAAGUAAUUGAGUCUUGACCAGACAAUCCAGUGAUUGUCAUCAUGAGCAUCCAUCUACGCAAAUCAGAUACAAUGACAUCCAUCAAACAAGUCAGUAAGCCUCCCAUUAGUCGCCUCUUACGUCAGGCAUGGGUUGCUGAAGAUCCAUUCUAACCUGGAAUCUACACAGGAUGCCAGGGCAUUGGAAAGAUAGCUUAUUAUAAAGAUAAGUCACGAUGUUUCUUGCAAAAGGAGAAGGCAAAAUGCCCAUCCAAUGAUAGACUUGAAUAGGAUUACUAUAGACCAAGUUACUUCCUCUAGGAAUGUUACAGGUAUUUUUCAUGAUUUGUAAACAGCAUUGUAAUAUGGUCACUAGGAUGGAAUUCAUAACAUGAAUUAUUUGGUGCUGGUUCUUAGCUCAUAGUACUAUAACUGGUACGGUAUGUUUACUAUAUAGUUUAUUACUGGUAUGAAUUUCUGUCAUUUAUUCAUGUAUACAUUUAAAGUUAUACUACUCAGUGGGACCUGAAUGUGUGAUUGGCUGCUUGGAGAUGGUGUCAUACAAAUAGUAUCUCAUGUUGCCAGGCAACUGACGCAUUAUUCGCUUCAUCUAAAGUUAAUAAAAGUUCAAGUAAACCAGUUGCUGUCCUCUCAGAAUAGUAUGAAAUAGCACAGUAUCCAUCUCACAUGUUGAAUAGUAUACAUCCCCCAUAGAUCAUUUGCAUAUAUAUACUGUGUUGUAUGAACUGUGCGAUUAAUACUUGUUUGCCAUAUACAAUCAUUUAGAUGUUGGCUUUUGUUGGUGCAUUGUCAUUCUGAAAGUUUGCUUGAAUUUCACUUAAUCAUUUGUUGUCUACAUCAGUACAGAUCAUUAACCCAUCAUUUUUCUGAUCAUAUCUGCAUCAAAUCGAUCUGAUUGAUCUUCACAGUUAUUUCCUCGAAAACUGAUCCAUCACAUUAUCCAACAGGUAUUUUGAAAUAGUGAAUAGGUGUUAAAGAUGCUGUGUAUUUGGAGAUAUUCUCUCGUUCUUAAGCUCCAUAAGAGCAUGUACUCUACUUCCUGUGGCAGCUAGCGUUUACCUUGACAGGGUCCUCUGUUUCUGUCUCAACAGGCUUGGUGUAUAGUGGUAAAGCACCGCUAUAAUAUAACCUUUUGAUUCUUUAGGCUAUAAAAUGUGAAAAAAUGUUUCUCCUCACUGCAGGUCAUUAAACAAAUAUUUUCUAUCAAUGUGAACAAUUUUGGGUUUUGCUUUGUAAAAUAAUCUGGUUUCGAUAUUGGUUUGUGUACAUUUUAAGGGAAGAGUUAUGCUUCCUUGUCCUAUGCAACUGUAGUUGCUGCAGAGAAAGAAAGGAUUUAUAAAUCUGGUCAUUUUGGAAAUUACCAUCUGAUGAGAAACAUUUUUUCUUCAAGUAAUCUGAGCAUUGUUGUUUUACAUAUCUUCUCCGCCAUUUGUUUAAUACCAUAGAAUUUGAGAGAAGCAUAUUUCGGGGCACAUAUCAGAUCAUGAAAAUCCAAGUGACUGGAUUUUUGUAAGAAAUGCGUUUGAUUGUGAAUUCUUGUAUCUCAAUUAUUGAUUUUGUAGGGCAACACUUGCUAUGUAUUUUCACAGAUUUCCAUUUUGAUUCAAGUUUUGAAAGUGUAAGACUGGGAUCAUGUAUAGCUGUUUUGCCACAAUCUAGGUUAACAUUAAUAUCCACACCCACUAGUUGUUAGAAUGACAGAAUGGUAGAUGUGACAAAAGACGUUAAUGUUAUGAAAUGCAUUGUUUUUAUAAUUGAACAUGUAACAUUUUUAACACUCAUUUCGUUAAAAGCCUAUACCAAAGGAAAAGACUUACAUCCGGUGUCAAAGAUUAUUUUUUGCCAAUGUGAUUUUAGCCUCACAAAUUAUAGAAAUGUUCUGCUUCAUAACGUUUUAUUGUCUUAGAAUCCAUUUGCUUUGUGCUCAAAUGAAUUCAGUGGUAUCUCUGCCUUUAUUUGAAUUUAAAAGUUUCCAUGUUAUGGCUUUUCUGAACUCAAAAUGUUGGGAUUGCUGCAUUUUACUGUGUAAUUUGAAAGUUGCAGAGAAUGUAUAUGGCACUGAUAUUCUCGGUUGAGAGCAUUUUUUAAAUAGCAUGGAUUAAUUUGUAUGCUUCCCACAAUGAAAUGACUUACUUUGUUGAUUACUUGUAAUAUAACACCAAACCUGUACACAUCUCAUAUUCAUCAUUAGUUUGUCAUUGUCAUGUCUUCAGAAGUAAAAUAUUGGAAAAGUCAAA